GUUUCCCGCUGCAAUUCACCCGCCAUGCCGGCUCCUACAACGACCCUCCUCAUCGAGGGCACCUUUACUGAACUCGCCGAGGAAUUUUCCCAGUACAUUGAUGCUCUGCGCAAGAAUGAGGAGGGUGCUGGUCUCCACGCCGAGGUCGCCCCUCUGCUCCAGCCCCUUCGCGAGCAGGAACAGGCCGGUGCAGAACCCGAUCUGAAACAACGGGAUGAGGUUCUGAAGAAGCUGGUUUCCGCGGCCGCCAUUUUGAAUUCGGCACCGGAGAAGGAAAUCAUUCCUGCCUACAAUCUUUUGAUCCAUCUCAUCCACCAAGCUUCUGAUGCUGAUAUGUUCCUUGCCCGCAUCUGCACCUAUCUCGCGAAGCCCAUCCAGACGCCUGCGCAGCACGGCCCCUCCUUGGCCAUCUCCAUCCUCACCACCGUCUUCAAUACCCUCGCUCCCUCCGAUUCCAGUCGCUACCACGUCCUGCUGGCUAUCGUGGCCGUGAUCCGCCAGUCCGGAUCUGGCCAUGCCUUUGACGCUCUCAAGCCCCAACUUGCAACUCAGCUGCCCAACUGGUUGGCCGUAUGGGAACUGGACGCGGAGGAGGCUAAGAAGCUACAUCUGGCUGUGGCUGAUGCCGCAGAAGCCUCUGGCGACGACGAGCUGGCUCACACGCACGUCGUUCAAGCUCUACAGACUAUCCCUGCUAACGAAGCUUCUAACAAGGAUUCUCGCGACCUGGCUGUCCGCGCCCUAGCAUCGGCCUUGAAACACCCAGCCAUCUUCGACUUCACACCGCUGACUGCUUCGGAUGCUAUCCAGGCGCUGCGAUCCAGCGACAGCACUCUCUUUGAGCUGCUUGAGAUCUUUACCUCGGACACUCUAGAUGCGUACCAAGAUUUCGUCUCCUCAACCCCGCUGUCUUCCAUUUCUGGUGGUGUUCUCGCCGACGCUGGUGAGGCUUUGCAGAACAAGAUGCGCCUUCUGACGCUGGCAUCUUUGGCUGCGUCGACUCCCUCUCGCUCUCUUCCCUAUGCCAGCAUCGCGUCGGCCCUGGGCGUGCCGACCGAGGGCGUCGAAAAGUGGGUCAUCGAUACGAUCCGUGUCGGCUUGGUGGAAGGCAAGCUGUCUCAGCUCCGAUCCGAGUUCCUCGUGCAUCGCGCUACCUACCGGGUCUUCGGCGAGAAGCAAUGGGCUGAAGUGCAAGGCCGUCUGAUGGUAUGGCGUCGCAGUCUCGAAAAUGUCCUGGGCGUUAUCCGGGCGGAACGGGAACGAUUCGUGCGCGAAGGACUCCAGGCCGCUGCCGAGGAAGCUAGCCAGGGUAAAACUGGAGAGAAAGGAGGGAAGGGUGCCGAUCGGAGACGCAAUCCUACACAGCAGCAACAGCAACCUCGGGAGGUAGACCUCGUUGGGGGAGGUGAUUAAUAAGAGAUCCUAAUGUCCUUGAUGUUCUUCUAUUACCAUUCUCUCUGCAGCUGUCUGUUCUCUCUUUUUCUCUGUCGUUUUCUUCCAGGCUUCAAUGUUCGGGGAUUCUGCUUUUUUUCCGCCCCUUCUCUAUCCCUUUUUUAUUAUUGUUUUUUUUUUUCUCUCUGCCUAGAAAAGUGUCCAGUCUGGCUGCAUUAUCGAUUACGAAUUGGACAGAUCAAUCGGAUCACGAGUCAUGUCAUGUCAUUCAGCUUUCAAAGUCUUCCAUAGACAGGAUGAGCUGGUCUUAUGUUAUGGUUUCUAAACCGGGAGGCGAAGAGAACAAAAAAGGUGUACCUAAAGGCAUGACGAAUAAUCCAGAAAGAAAAAAAGGUGAAUAACAAAGCCCUAUGUUUUUUUGGAAUCGCCAUACAUGUUUGUAGUUAUUUGGGAGUUUCUGAAUAGAAGUAUGUUUGAAUAUCCAAUUGAGAAGGGGGGAAUAUAUGAAUAUGUUUUAGGUUGAGUCUAUACACAAGAUGGUAAUGUGGAGAAUCAAAACAUGUUGAUAGAUACAAGAAACACAGCUAGAUUGGCGGCUGAACAUAACAAAGCACGGUCUAUAUGUGAUUAGAUUUUCGGAUGGAUAGGAUGAAUAUCCUUAACGGCAAUGGCCUCCUUGAUGUGGGCAUACACUUCAUCAACCUCGCCGGUGGCCUCGACAGAGACGACCUUUCCCUGUUUCCGGAAGGCAUCAACGACUGGCAUGCUGGUCUCAACGAAGACACGGAACCGUUUGCGAAUAGACUCAGCAUUAUCGUCGUCUCGACCCGACGUCUCCCCGCGCUUAAGCAAACGCUUCUCCAUCACAUCCUCAGGGCAGUUGAGGAACAGUGUAAACUCGGACUUGCACACGGUAUCUUCGAAGAAUACGGCCUGGUCAAGCUUCCGGGGGAAGCCAUCAAUGAGGAAACGGGGCUUUGAGGCUCCGCUAGGCUGGCUGCUGCGAUGAGCAAGGGCAUCGGCCAUGGCGUUCGACAACAGCGCCACGGUAAUCUCCAUGGGGACGAUCUUGCCAUCACGGAUGUAGGAGCGGAUGAGAUCGCCGUACUGGCUUCCCGGGCGGUUCUGUUCAGCACGCAGCAGAUCCCCGGCUGAGAGAUGAGUGAAGCCGUAAUCCUUGACCAAGUGGGCAGAUUGUGUUCCCUUGCCGCUACCGGGCCCGCCUAAGACGAAGACGACGGUGACAUCGGACGAGGAGAAGCGAGGGGUGGUGUUGUUCGAGGUCUGUGGGGGAGGAAGUUCCUCGGGGACGGGACCCGUUACCUCGUGAACGUUGGCCAUGUUGUUGUCGUUGUUGCCUCAAGAUUUCAGCCCCUGUACUUUCUAUUCCUGUUCCUGUUGGACGAUCUGAUUUUGACGAUUGGCGGUGCGGGACCUCACCAGGAAGACGUACGACCCGGUGCCGAUGGCGAUGAGAGCGACAAAGGGGAGGAUUUUGAACUGGGAGGAGGACGGGGAAGACGAAGACGAAUAGAAACGGUGGUGUUGUUGCUGCUGCAGGUGGGGUUGACGAAGGGAUCGCUGCAAGGAUCUGGUUGUCUGAUUCGCGCGGGAUGGAAAUGACGAAGGCACCGGAAAUGCGCAGCGAAGGACUGCAGGACGGACGGACAUUCCUGGAGGAGGCGCGAGAGAGAGCUGAAGUUGCUUUUCUGAAAU